CCUACUCUCUCUCUCUCUCUCUGCUAUGACUUGCAAGCGGCGCAAAGGCCAGAUCAAAAAUGAAGUCUCGCCGUCCCGACCACCAGCCAAGAAACGCGCGAUUCAGCAAGUGACAGGGAACCAAGGCGAACGAUUGAGUCAAACUGCUGAUGCUGCUGCUGUCACUGGGAACGUCAAAGCGCGACAAUCAUCGAACCCGAAAGGCAAAGCAAACCCAAAGCAACAAACUCGACAGAAGACGAAGCGGAGUAGCUUAUCAGCAAGUCCAUUACGGUGCAGUCUGGCGGUAGGGAUAUGGCGCACGGCCUGGGAGCGAAAGGUUGCCGAAUGACGCCCACCGAAGCCCUGCGGCUUUACCGACAGGACACGGAGGGACUGAUCAUUUAUGAAGGCAAUUGCAGCCUGACUGGCUGAUACAU